GGCUGCGCAGUGAAUGUGUUGUCAGUCCAUCUUCAACAGGUAGCCUGACCACAUCUGAAAGGUGUUGAAGAGGGGCCACCUGCUGGCCAGUUCCGGUACUGUGCAGAAACUACAACCUUUUAUAUUAUUCUCCGUUGUCAAGGAAGCGCGUCCUCGGGUUGCCAACAUGGCGUGUGUCUGUUGUACACAGACAAUUAAUUUAGCUAGAAAACGCUAACUUGUUUUUUACUUGCUUAUUAAUAAAGUUUAGCUUUGGAUCAUUUUUUCCCCCUGGUGUGUGGCAAUGGUUACCAUUGCCGAUGUGAUAUUACAUGCGACGAAAUGAACGGGAAAGCAGUGAGUGUUUAACGUUUUGUUAGCUGGGUCACUGCCCGUUUUCUAUCUAGCAUUUUUGUCUGGGUUUAGUUUUUUUGUCCUGGGUCUAAUCCUGAACUGGGUCGAAUGAAGACUGUGGGUGGUAUUGGUAACCCUGUCGAGCCCGUCAGCUGUUUCCUAGAAUGAAAGCUCUGAAGGACAACUUCUUCUACUCCAGGAUUGGAGCUGACGGGGUGUUUGAAGAUGACCGGCAUGUUCUGGUGGAGGAACAGAAGUCAUGCAGGGCCCGAGCUCGCUGCUUCUCCCUGGAAACCAACCGACGAAGGAAGGUUCUGGAGGAGAGGAGGAAGCUGUGGGAUGUCCAGGAACAGAGGCUGAGGGAAAGCAUCCUACAGCAACGUAAACAGAGAGUCCAGGAUGCUACCGAACGCUUCCAGAGGGCACAUCUGCCCCCCUCACAGAGACGCAGACAAUCUUUCAGGAAGAGCACCCUUAAUAUUGAGGAGGCACUUAAUCACAUACAAGGCACCUUGACCUUGAGUUCCUAUACCAGACAAUCUCCCACCCCCGACAGGAGCUGCACUUCAUCCCCUAAGCCUCCCCCGACACCCAGCUCGUCGCUCCACCAGGGGACCCUGUCUGCCCUGGAGGCCUACAGCAAACUGAUGCAGGACAGAACCUUCAGCAGCUUCAAGAACAGGCUACUAUUCCUCAGCCAGCUCCAGGAGACACAGCUGAGGGACAGGGACGAUCUGCAGGACACACAGCCGAGGGAGAGGGACAAGGAGAGGGACGAGCUGCAGGACACACAGCCGAGGGAGAGGGACAAGGAGAGGGACGAGCUGCAGGACACACAGCUGAGGGACAGGGACGAGCUGCAGGAGACACAGCUGAGGGACUGGGACGAACUGCAGGGGACACAGCCGAGGGAGAGGGACGAGCUGCAGGACACACAGCUGAGGGACAGGGACGAACUGCAGGGGACACAGCUGAGGGACAGGGAGCGGGACAUGGUGUUCCUCAAUGAGCUGCAGGACACACAGCUGUGGGACAAGGAGACCUGUAGCAGUCCACAGCAUCAUAAUGUGACUCAGUCAGAGAGCCUGUCCAGUCUGGAUAGCUUGGAAAUGGAGGACGGCUUAAACCACAACAACACAGUACAGAGAGUCCACAGCUCUUGGUUAGAUCACCAGAAACACCCCAAUGGUCCAACCAACUUGUCCCUUUGUCCAUCAACAAAGAGUUUCCUAAGUGGUAACCUCCUACUCCAACAGGGCAAAGUUGAUGCUAGCCCUCAGCCCCCCAGACCAAGGCAGACAGAGGAGUCUGUCGAAGAUUGUAACAGCAGACUGCACCAGCUCUCUCAGGCCACUGGGUGGCAGAGUUGUACAGACCAAUCAUCAUCACAGAGUAACACUAUAACCCAGUCCCCACUCCUCAGUGUCAGUCACCACAGCCUGCUAACUGUGAGUGGGAUUAUAGAUACAUCCUCAAUACGUUCAGAUAACGGUGACCAACACUCUCAGGAGAGGGAAAGUAAUCUGAGGGGGGACCACAGAGUCUCGGGGGUCGUAGCUUGCUCCAAGGCUUCUACCCCAGACAGAACGCUGCUAGAGUUCACCUCUUGUCUGAUCCCAGAGGGAAAGUUAGAAUUUAGGCAGCAGGUGAGAGACCCGGAGGACAAGUAUUCCAAACAACCGUCGGCAACACAGGUCCUUCUGCCUGGGAAAACUUGCAGCCACAAAGACCUUCUGUUUGAAGCCCCCUCCUCAAACCCUGAUCAUAUCCUCAGUUAUAACACUAAAAGUAGCUCAGGGGUCCGAGAGGACACGGCCAACAUUCAGCCAACAAAAAGCACACAACACCAGUCACAAGGGAGCAAACCCAGUGUAGAAGAUGCCAUGAACAACCUCAACAAAGGGACCAACUCUGAGCCCAAAGCAGAGUCCAACUCUGAGCCCAAAGCAAGGCCCAACUCUAAGCCCAAAGCAGGGUCCAACUCUGAGCCCAAAGCAAGGACCAACUCUGAGCCCAAAGCAAGGACCAACUGUGAGCCCAAAGCAAGGCCCAACUCUGAGCCCAAAGCAGGGUCCAACUUUGAGCCCAAAGCCGAGAGGUCUAAGAACACAGACCCUCUCAGUCAGACAUUGAGUCAUUGUAAUAUCAGGUCUGACUUCCCUAAAGGCCUAAAGAGCCUGCAGGUGGAAAUAACACCAACAACCCUCCCAGAUACACCUCCAUCUCCUCCACCUGUAGCUGUUGUCAGCACAGCCACAGAUCAUAAAGGCACUGAAGUCCGAUGCAUAAAGGGAAUUCUUAAAAAACAAUCAAAAUACGGUGUGUCGGGAGGAAACGCUUGUUCUAGUAUGUAUAACGCCAGGCAUUUAAUAUUCACCAAACAAUUCACCAUGUCCAUCAGAGAUAGUGUGGAACUGACCAGAAGGAAAGGCAAGGAUGCAGACAAGAUGAUCAAAAAGAAGAUACGCUGGGUGGACGAGGUAAAUCUGGAGGAAGAGGAGGAGAUGGAACGGAGUCCUAUAACAAACAACAAGUGUGUUUCUGAGUAUCCACUACCUCCACAUAAACACUCAGCAUCAUCAGACCACCAACAGGGUCAGGGCCAGACGGUGGCCACCAACACCCCUCUGGCCUCCACCGGCUAUCACUUUACCAAGCAGGCCUGGGCAGAUGUCAGGGUCCAGGAGAGCAGGCUGCAGGGGCACCAGGGGAUCCAGGAGAGAGGCCAGGAGGCCAGGGAGACAAGAGUGGAAGCCAGGGAGGUCAGGGUCCAGCGGGGGAGCAGUGGGAGAGCCGGGUGCCCCAGAGUCCCCAGGAGAGUGAGAUCUGCCAGGGCAGGGAUGGAUCCUGUUUCGUCCCGCUCCAGAAAAGGCACGGUCAUCAGACCCCAAUCUGCUACGGAGGCCAGCAGCCACGUGGCCUGGGUGACCCACGGGAAGGUCAUGGUGCCUCGUCCCCCGCCCCGCACUGAAACCAUGGAACCAAAAACACACACAAGAGAGACGGAUGCUGUAGUAUCAUACACCACCAAGACUCCUUACAACAUGGAUCACUCUAAUGACACCACCAAGACUCCUUACAAAAUGGAUCCCACUAAUCACACCACCAAGAGUCCUUACAACAUGGAUCAGUCUAACUCUGCUGCUACUAAAGCAGGGAUUCCUGUAGAUGAGGCUUUGUGCAAUAAUAACACCCUGGACAGCUUUGCCCCGUCCCAAACCCGUACACAUGUCAUUAGGGCAGAUAGCAGCGUUAUUUCCAACCCAUCCAAGGCCACCCCCAUGUCAGGCCAGCAGGACACCCAGGGAGAGGCUGCCAGAUGGGGGCUUCUGUACCAUGAGAAUGGCCUCUGUCUGGACCGUACUCCCACAGACGAGGAGAUCUCCCAGCUCUGGCAUGGAGUCCGUAGUGCCUUAGCCACCAAGGACGGUGACCCUAUAACUGUCCUGCCUCAAGCACGUGCCAACCUGUCUCGCGUUACUAUCAACGGGGACAGCCUGAUCAACGGAGUUAAAGCCAUCACCACGAUGGGAGACUUCUUCCUCUCCCCAACCAAUGGUAAGAAAGCCAGGAGUGUGGUGAGGAGACAACCCCAGGAGAGUCGUGGUAGUGGGGCCAGGAGAAGAGGAAUAACUGGCUCAGGGAACAGAAGGCUGCCUCUACCAUCCCAGUCUCAGGCCAUGGUGCUGAUAACACCAUUACACAGCAAACACGACCUGACACAUCAACAUGGAGAGUAUGCAGAAGUGGCAGCCCACAGUGAAGGCCUGCUGGCAGACAGUGAUAUGGUGGUUGCCAAGGAGACGGUGCCAUCCCAGAGGCUAGAGCCAGGUGGAGGUCACAGCCAGCACCAGGGCCAAUCGAUCACUACCAGCCACAGCCAGGGGCACCAAGCCCGGGGGCACCAAGCCCAGGGGCACCAGGGGCACCAAGCCCGGGGGCACCAAGCCCAAGAGCAGGGCCAGGUCUCCACCAUCACCAACAUCUCCCUGGAGGAGCAGAAAGUGCUGCUGUCCCUGAAUCGACUCAAUCGUCGGCUGCAAUAUGUGCAGGCCUCAGCUGGAGGCCGCCCUGCAGAUAGAGCUUUCCUAUGUGGUGAAGCGCCCUUUACAGAGGAAGGGACGGGUGCUGCCCACCGUAAACACCGCACGGUCUCCACCGACAACCGCCCGAGAACCCAGAGGAGAUUCUGACACAACGGUCCAACAACGGUCCCAUAUGGCCGCCUGAAUGUCACUCUGUCAGCUUGUGCUUCACUCCAACCUUAUACACUGCUGUUUAACAAAAAUAUCUUUAUAAUAACCCUCCCCGAGUUACAGCACCACCACUAACUCUCUCUGCUGGGAUGAAGGCUUCACAACCCGGGCCUGUGAAUAAGUCCAUUAUCAAAUUACAGUACUUAUAUUGACUUAUUUACACAUUAUAACUUCAGUCUUAUAUACAGCCAGGCUUUGCUAUUUGGUUUUGGCCUUUAAUUGAUAGAGAUUAUUUUUGUAUGAGAUAAAUAUAUUUAUUUUCCCGAAAAAUUGUGCGGUGUGUGUGUGUGUGGGUGUGGGUGUGGGUGUGUGUGUGUGGGUGUGUGUGUGUGUGUGUGUGUGUGUGUGUGGGUGGGUGUGUGUGUGUGUGUGUGUGUGUGUAUAUUGUACACAAUGAUUGUACACAAUGUAUUGUGUAUCGUAUUGGUAUCAUUGUAUUGUACACAAUGAUACCAAUAGGAUUGUAUACUGAUGUGUGUCAGUGUGUAAACUAAUCUUGAUAAUGAUAAAGCAAAAUAAAGUCAUUCUGU